AAGAAACUCCAUCAGGACCAGCAGAUCCGGGCCCUUCCCAAUCUCAUGCCGUUGAAAAUGCUCGGCCUCAAUCACACCACUUGUCCAUUGUCGAUGAUAUAAAGACAUAUUGGAUGCUCUGGAUGCUCUUGGAGGACAUUCUGCUUGACACAAUUGACGUUGAUUUGGGCUGGUCAUCUGGUCGGCUGGCCAUAAUCUUCAGUACGAUAUCGACCAAUAUCGCAGUUCGGCGUCUCAGCCCACUUGCCCACUCGACUUUGUGCCUGCGCGCACCCGGUAUACACACCAUUUUCCUGUAACGACGGUUAGCAAUCUGAGGCGCGACAACUUCUCUAAUACUUUACUCCCAACGGUCUCAUCUUGGCCGAUUUCUCGGCGUCGUCGAGCCUCACCCACGCCGACAAUUUCAAACCUCCGAAUCUUUGACCCAUCCCACUUCUUACCUUGCGAAUUCUUCUCUUUCGACUUCCCUCGUACCUCUCCUCUCUUCUCCCAGUCUCCCAAUACCGAUGGCCUCGCAGGGCUUCUCCAGAAAGCGCCCUGCGCCAGGUGCCGACCCGGUGUCGUACCCUGCUCAAAUGCAGAAUCCCGCACCCGCAUUCAACGAUGGCCUUGGGCCGCAACUCUCUAAUGAUCAGUUCCUUCAGUGGGGUCAAAGCGGUCAGCCUGUUGCUGGUCCCUCAUACAAUGACACCAGCUUUGGCAUGAACGCAUCUGCCUAUCCUGCGAACAAUCCUCAGCCUGUUCCUCAGCCGUCAAAUCAACUCACUCGGAGGCCCGUCGCUCAACUUGCCUCGCGUGUCCCCCAACCGAACGAAGACGGGAACAACUGGAUGGAGCAUCCAAACGGAGGUGCGCAUCCCACAAAUCCGGAGUGGGAGGACGACAUAGCAGAGUUGGAGGCAAGAGCACAGGUCGCAAAAAGAGAGGCUCAAGCGAAGAGGAAACAAAUACCUCCCUUUGUCCAGAAGCUGAACAGCUUCCUGGAGGACGGUAGAAACACCGACCUCAUCCGCUGGUCAGACGACGGCAACUCGUUCAUUGUCCUGGACGAGGAUGAGUUCGCAAAGACACUUAUCCCGGAGCUGUUCAAACAUAACAACUACGCCUCUUUCGUGCGUCAACUCAAUAUGUACGGCUUUCACAAGAAAGUGGGCCUUUCCGACAACUCCAUGAGAGCCAGUGAACGUAAAAACAAGAGUCCAAGUGAAUAUUCAAACCCCUACUUCCGCCGAGGUCACCCGGAUCUGCUCUGGUUGAUACAGAAGCCCAAAAACGUCGGCGGACCUGCCUCGAAACGAAAAGGGAAAACCGACAACGAUCAGAACGAGGAAGAGGCGGACGAAUACGUUGAUGACUCGAAUCCGGUUGAUACCCGAGCGCGUGCACGACCAGGUCAACUCACGCUGGGAGGAGGUGAGAUGGCUCUCACCCAGGAUCAGUUCAAGAGUGUGCAGCGUGAAUUGGCAGCCAUUCGACAUCAGCAGACGCAAAUCUCUCGCAUGAUGCAGCAACUCAAGCGCGAACAUGAACAGCUCUACGGGCAGGCGGCGACCUUCCAAGACCAGCACAAUCGACAUGAGAACUCAAUCAAUGCCAUUCUCACCUUCCUCGCCACUGUUUACAACCGCAGCCUUCAAGGCCACGAAAAUGUGCAAGGCAUCGCAAACCUUUUUCAGAACGCUAUGCCCGUCGAUACGUCAACUCAGGGUAAUGUGGUUGAUGUCGGGGACUACACCUUCAACGAUAUCAACCUCGAUGGUAGCCCAGCGAAGCCGUUUAAGAAACAGCCUUUGCUAUUGACCAAUGGGAGCGGACAACAACACGGAGGUCGAGCGAGUACCUUGUCCCCUCGUUCUGGCAACAGUCCCUAUCCUACUCCCAAGCCAACAAGCCACCGCAACGGACAGCAACAAUCAUUGCUUUCACCGAAACUAGAAGAGGUAUUCGACCCGGGGGUUCAUAGCCCUAACAGCUCCAAUGUUUCCUCUGCCAACCACGGCCGUACCGAUCUCCCUUCCCGAGACAUGAUGACGGUGAUCCAAAACGCCAAUGCGAGAAACAACCACGCCGCGACCUCUCCCACCACACCGGCCCAAGACUUCUCCAAUGUCCUCAGCAAUCUCGAAGCAUCCUCCGGUACAGGCCCACUGUCCACAGCCCAACGCGCCGACGUCCUCCGCAUGAUCAAUAACUCCGCAAACCAGCCCGCCGGCAACGACAAUGCGCUCAUAAACGCUACCCCACCGCCCGGACCUCCGAACUUCCACCGCCGUCUCGCCAGCACUCAAGCAGACAUGGAGCACCUCGCCAAGCUCCAAGCGGAGCAGGAUAAAUCCGUUCAAAACCUCACGAACUUACUGCAGCCGCUUUCUCCGACAGGCUCGAUUCCUGGAAUUGGUGAUGGCCAGUCCUUUCCACCCCCGCCCUUGGAUAUCGAUGAUUUUCUGAACCACAACGAGUACUUUGGCGAUUUUCCCACUGACGGGAAUGGAAACUACGAUUUCGGUAACACUGGAUUGGGUGGAGAUCAACUAGGGACGACCGAUAAUUCGAAUUUUGGGUACAAGGACGACGACGAGCUGUUCGGAAAUCUGAACAACGAUACCGCCGCUGGGUUCGGUCCCUUUGAUGGGACUAAUGUGGGUGCGGGCAUGGGUGUCGGUGGAGGUGCAGGCAUGGGGACAGAUGAAUACGGCGGAAAUGCGGGAAAUGUCAAGUACGACCAUGCGACCCAGUACACGGAACAUGACGGUGGAGGCCGAGUCGAGAGUGUGCCGAGUAGCGAAGUCACAACUCCCAAAUCAGACAAGUCUGGUGCAAGUCGAACAGCGGCCAAAGGGAGAAAGCUGAGCGAGGCCGAAGAGGACGGUGGCGGGAGGAAGAGAGCUCGGGCCUGAGUGCCUUUUGCAGCCACAACAUACCAACUACGGUGUAUCUCCAAAGGGGAGGAUGGCUAUGCGAAAACUCCAACUUCCGUCUCAUAAAGAAGGGAACCAGGGCGGCGGAAAGAACGCAACGAGGAAGAAUCACACAAGAAAGAAACAAAAACAGAGCUGACCGAUGAAAGCGAUCGACUGGCUGAUUAUUUAUGAGAAGUGCAGCCUCCGCCCCGCCCCGACCGGAGUGUUGGAAUGUGUACGAGCUCUUGGGACAUCAAGAAAUUCAAAGGCCUAACUGAGGGGCGGAAAUGGUUAUCAGCCCUUAUGACACAACGGGAACAACAACGACAGCAGCGCUGGCAGGAAUAGUGAGCGGCCGCUGUGUGAUGAGGCAAAUGAAACGAACAGGACCUGGUACAGACUCAAGUAUGGGCUUUUCACUGUCUGUUUGGGGAGAAUUGAAACAACAAAAAGGGAAAUGAGAGAACAUGGCAAAGAUACCCGAGAUACCCUGUGCCUCCAUACCAUUUGUGGAGCCAUGUUUCCAAACAACCAUCCAGGUCGGCAAAGGAACAGGAACAGUUCACUGGGACAGUCAGAGGGAACGGUCUUCUCUUCAGUGCAAGAGAGAAAGACACAGAUACAGAGGGAGAAUGUGUAUGUCACCCCGAGAUGUGUGUUGGGUGUCGUAUGUACCAGUGCCGAGUCCAGCUUGAUUGUCCCCCCAACCCUAGCUCCGAGAUGAUUUCACCAGGAGAAAAUGGAGUCAUCGACGCUGGGAAAUGUGCAAAAGUGAUAUUUUAUUCUACUCGUUGAAUACCCUAUUACUGCAAAACACAGAGUAGGCAUGCUUUGUGGUCGCAAUUCGAACAAGAAUCAGGAACUGGGCGAACCGUGCGACUGACAGGGGCGACUGUUGUAUCCGCAACCAUAAA